AAGAUGGCGGCGGCGGCGUCGCAAGGCGGGAGAGGCGGCGGCGGCGGAGGCAGUAGUGGGGCUGGCGGCGGCCCCAGCUGCGGGACAAGCAGUAGCCGCAGUGGUUUGUUGGAUAAGUGGAAGAUUGAUGAUAAGCCCGUGAAAAUUGAUAAGUGGGAUGGAUCAGCUGUGAAAAACUCUCUGGAUGAUUCUGCCAAAAAGGUUCUCCUGGAGAAGUACAAGUAUGUGGAGAACUUCGGUCUCAUCGACGGUCGCCUCACCAUCUGCACCAUCUCCUGCUUCUUCGCCAUAGUGGCUUUGAUUUGGGAUUACAUGCAUCCCUUUCCAGAGUCCAAGCCGGUUUUGGCCUUGUGCGUCGUAUCCUAUUUUGUGAUGAUGGGGAUUCUGACCAUUUAUACCUCAUAUAAAGAGAAGAGCAUCUUCCUCGUGGCCCACAGAAAAGACCCUACAGGAAUGGAUCCUGAUGAUAUUUGGCAGCUGUCCUCCAGCCUCAAAAGGUUUGAUGACAAAUACACCCUGAAGUUGACCUUCAUCAGUGGGAGGACAAAGCAGCAGCGGGAAGCCGAAUUCACCAAGUCCAUUGCUAAGUUCUUUGACCACAGCGGGACGUUGGUCAUGGAUGCGUACGAACCUGAAAUAUCCAAGCUCCAUGACAGUCUCGCCACAGAAAGAAAAAUAAAAUAGCCAAUUCUAAAAGUUCUCCUUCUGCUGGAUCAUACGAAUUACUGGUGGGUAGGGGAAAAGACAGGAAGCUUAAGCUUGGUCAAGUAAGAAAUGUUAAAGAUGCCCCUGUUUAGUCCACCCUGGAUAAAUAGAAUUUCCUAGUACAGAUAUGCAAAGUUAUAUCUUUGAUGGCUAGCUGUAGCCUCCUUGGUCUGCUGAAUGGUUUUCUGUUGUUUUCCUUAAGAAGCCUUUUUGUAAAAGCUAAGCAUACCUUUUUCUUUGUGCUUAAUAGUACUUUAUACAGUAUAGCUUUGUGCCAUGCAAUGUUUGAAUGCUCAGUUCUCAAGAACGAGCCUUGCUGGGGUGAGGUAGUGUUCACCUGUAAUCCCAGCACUCGGAGGGCUGAGGAAGGGCAUUCAGUUGGAGGCCGUCCUGGGCUGUAGAGCUAGGCCCAUCUUGAAGAGUGGGUAUUGUUAACUUGUUGCUGACUUUGUGUUGACCCCUGCAUCAGCAACUAUUUCCUUAAAUCCAGGAUACAACUUCUUAAGUAUGACAGCUUUCCUUUACACACCAUUUUUGUGGGUGUAUAUAUAUAUUUGACUUGGGGAGAAUUAUUUUUUAAAAAAAUACAAAAUAGCUUUUUAAUUUGUUUAAAAUAGAUCUGCCUGUUACAUUUUGUGCUCUUAACCAAUUAAAGAAGCCAGUGGCAUUUUUAGUUUUAUAUUCUCUGUUUCCCACUCGUACGUUCCUGUUGAUUUGUGUGUGCCCUUUAUUAACUGCCAUUUUCUAAAGUUUUUUUCAAUAAAUGAAAGAAGAUAUGAAAA